GUGUGCUGUGCAUGCAAAAUUACCAUUUGAAUGUGACCACAUGUCUAAUCCACUCCUCGUGGAUUCAGAAACGGUGACAAUGCCUUGUUAACACCGGGAAUUUCCCAAGGUGUGCCAUGCCAAGGAAACAUAAAGGAUUGUAAGUGAGAUAAGAGAAGAAAGUGAAGGAAUGAAGAAGGAGGAGACAAAAAGAGAUGAAUGCAGUGAUGUCAGUCUGUCCCACUGCUAUUCAGUAGAAAUGCAGCAGAACAGAGCCAAGCCUGCAUACCACUGCUGCUGCUGACGACUGCUCUGAUCCCACACACAAAGUCACACGUCACACACACACACACGCAUCAUCCGUCCAGACUCACAGAGGAGCUGAAACUCAGAGCAGUGCUGAGAGAUGCGACCGCCUGGCAGCCACUGACUCAGUCGAUCAGGACACACUGUGCCUUCGCCUCCAGAGAGGCCGACACACACUCCUACAGCACAGAGGAAGAGCACUUGACAAAGAACACUUUGCAGCAGUUACACCGCACCUGAUCCCACAUCCUUCAAAGAAAAGGGAACCUGACUCUGGAACAGGAAAAAGGAGCGAUCAUACCCCACCGCUGAAACACGACCCAGUGGACAGAGAGACAAGAGGGGCUGACUGCCGUCUCUGACACCCGGAGAGAAGAAGCAGGAUGCUGGCUAAAAUCCUUGAGGACAUGUGGGUGGAGCCCGAGGUGCUGGAGGCCCUCAGUGAGGAGCAGAAGAGGAUCCUCUUCUUGAAGAUGCGAGAGGAGCAGGUGCGGCGCUGGACAGAGCGGGAGGAGAGGGAGGAGAGGGAAGGAGAUAACAAAAGGCCAAAGAAAGCUGACAAACACGUGAGGUGGCUGCUGGGUCGGGAUGGAGAUGUGAGCGUCAGCGUGAUUGGAGAGGUGGACGAGUUCAGGUCCUCCAAACUCCUCCAGAGCCUCAUGAACAACAGGGUCCACGCUGAUAAUAUGACGAGCGUAAAGACGCCGGACUUGCUGCCAGGAAGAGAAGCCCAGCAGCUCGUCUUUAAAGAAGAAAUCCAGCUAUCCCUCGCAGAGGUUAGCGAUCACCCAGCUUCACCACACGACCAGUGGUCUGAGGAGGACUGCUGCAGCGCCGAUGACGACCUGAAGGACCCCGCCGAGGAUAGUGACGGUGAAUCAGGCGGCGACUGGACUCCUCUCUACAGGCCCCAUUUUAGUAGCCAUGGCAACCGGCCGCCACUCAAAGCCCAGCUGUCACACAUAGAGAGGGCCAGCACGCAGGACAGAGAGAUUGUGUGUCGUGAAGAGAAAAAGUCAGACUUUGGAGGCCGUGUGGCGCAGCUCAGGAAGGCGUUCACAGACGAUCUUCACAGCACACCCGCCCACACCAAACCUCCUAUACCUGCCAAACCUGCUCACCUGCAGAAAAUAAGCACACCCUUGGUCCAUUAAGACUGAAGGUGUGUCCAGCCUGUUACGAGACGACACUGUGUGACCCCACAGAGGCAGAGCCUGCUGUACUGAGUGUAACAAGCUCUGUGCAGAAAAUAAUGGACCCUGAUGAUCCAGGCUGAAGCCACAUACACGGGCAGAAAAGGAGCCUUAGUUGAAUGUAGCGGUGAACUGAGGUACACUUCGUUAGGCCUCGAUUCACGGACCGACCUGCAGACAGAAACGUCUGGAGGGGUGGAUCGAGAGAAAGACUUGAAAAGCUUUUCAACCGAAGCCAACCUGAAUGAGAAAACAGAGCCACUUUGAUGUUGCCGAGUUCAAAUACUCACAUAGUUUGUGAGAUUGACAGGCAGACGCAGAGAGAGACGUCCAGAGACACACAGACUAUUGACUACAGGUGGAAAAUCACUGUGGUGCACUUGGUGAAUGAGUGCUAAUGAAGUUUAUUAUUCAGAAGUCGUAAGCAGAGGUUAUUGGGAGCGGAAACAUGUAUUUGAUAUAAAAUCAUAAUCGGGUCAUUCUGUGCUGUUCAAAAGCUUUAAACUGUUUUAAAUGUGGUUCAUGUAACUUGUCGCUUUACCGUUUUUAUAUCAUUGAAUUUCACAUCUUCAUCCAAUAUAUCCAUCUCUGGUGCAGCGGUUUUUGGGAUACAAUAAAAGGACUGAAUUCUUGGUAAAUAAUGAA